UUGCAAUGUGGCGGCGACGGCGUGUGAGGCAUGUUUUCUCCCGCCUCUGCGUGCGCUGUUUGGCCAAAGCAGUGGAGAGGAGAAGAGAUGAACCGGCCGCCAUCUUCCGCGCGCUUCUCCUUCUAAUGAUGAUUCAAAAUCAUCCUGAAAUCGGUGAUCUUCAGCUCAUCAAUCCUGUUCAUCAGGGCGCGGAUUAAAGGUUCUCACACCCGAGACGCGGAGAAACUGUUUGCUGUUGUAUGGAAGAGUGCAUUUUUCUUUUGUUUGCGUUGAACGCGCUGAGCGGACGGCGAGCUUGCGCAGCCUCGUCAGCUUCUUCGCCCAUUUCGUGAUCACGGAACCAGACCGAGAGGGCGCGUGAAUGAAAGCGGGCUUUUCCGGAGGAGCGCAUUGUGUACGCGGCGAACGCGCCGGGAAUGCAACAGAAGCCUGAUUUACUUCGGUGUAGCGUGCAUUUAUUGUUUUAUUUAUUUAUUUAUUUAUUUUCUUUAAAGCGCACUUUUAAACAAACAAAAACAAACGAGUGUGGAACCGCUGCCGAAAUUCCCUCGCGCCCGUCACGUGUGGUGAAGCACUGUGUGCUUAUAAAUCUCUGGACAGUUAUCUUUACAGAAAUUCAGGAUUUGUCAGCCGCCCUCAGAUGUGGCAUCUUGUAAACAAGAAAAUAACAAUCCUCAUUGGACGGGCUCUGUAGGUGGGCUGGCGUUGACGAGUGCAGAAGCAGGCUGCUGUGCCCUUACUGUGGCCCUGCAUGGCUGCGAUGGCGCCCGCUCUGACCGACGCCCCAGCCGAAGCCCACCACAUCCGCCUCAAACUGGCUGCAGAGAGCAACGGCAACUCUACCAACCUUCUCCUGUCGUCCUCGAUCUCCACGUCAGAUACAGCGGCAACCAAUGGCAAACAUCACCACGAGGACGGCUGUCAUCACUGCUGCAAUGGCACAGAGUCACUGUCGGGGUCACUGUCUGAGCCACUGAGUCUGGGCAAGUUGCAGCCGCUGGUUGCCUCCUAUUUGUGUUCGCAUGUUGGUCCUGUAGCUGAAGAGGGUGUCCUGAUCAAGCCAUCGGUGCUGAAGAGCCGAGGCCUGCUGAACAGAGAUCUUCUACGUACCGCGCUGAGCGGCGGCCAGCCAAAGAGCCUUGUCAACGGAGGAGGUGCAGGAACUGAAACAAGAGGAGGGAGUGCAAUGGUUCCAGUUAACGGACUGGCCAAGAAAGCUGCUGUGCCCAGCACGGCGCUACCUGAGAAAGGCAGUGUGGCCCCGUUGAACGGAGAUAAUGCUAAGGCUCCCACUGGUGCUGGAGCUUUGCUGCCUCUGUCGUCCAAGUCUGGAGAUGUGAUACCAACGGUAUCUGUACCGAGGGCAGAUUCCAAGCACCUAAGAGAGCUGGGUGACUUGCACAGCAGAGCACCAGAAGAUACAGGUGUCAGUGGUUCACCAGAGAAUCCACAGUUCAAAUCUGAAAUGCCCCCUAGUGACUGGUCACUUGCUGGCAGGGCUGGAGUUGGGCUUCCUGAGACAAAUGGUACCAACAGUGUCCCACUUGAUGCCCCUCAGAGCUCAACUUUGUGCCAGCAUAGCUCUUCAUCUUCCCCUGGUGUACAGGCGUUAAUCCUUCGCGAGCAAGCACAGCAGAGCCAGCGCAGGCAGUCUGAUAUAUCGGCACGGCUACAGCGCCUGUGCAAGAGGCUUCAGGUAGUUCAGGCCAAGCAGGUUGAGCGCCAUGUCAAAGAGCAGCUCACAGGCUUUUUGCACCACGCUGUUUCUCGAUCGUCCACCUCCAGAUGGGACUCCAUGGCCCAGCUCCUGAAGGAUAGUUCUUUUCCUUCAGACCUGGAGAAACUGCAUCUAAGUGGCACCACCAGCUUGCGGGUGGCGGAGGCGCAGUUUGACUCUGAUGUCACCGAGAGCAGCUCAGGUGGCGAAAGCGACAUGGAGGAAGAGGAACUUGCCAGAGUGGAUACUGAGCAGCGGCAUGUCAAGAUGUGGAGAAGAGCAGAAGGCUGCUUCGCCCUGGAACGAGCUUCCAUCAUAAGUCGUUGGACGUGGCUGCAGGCGCACAUCUCGGACCUGGAGUACCGUAUCCGCCAGCACACAGAUAUCUACAGGCAGAUCCGUGCCAAUAAGGGAUCAGUGGAGCUGGGAGACGACGACUCCUUAUCAUACCAAACCAAGACAGAAAAGCUGAAGCCUCAGAAUGCCACAAGGGACCUCUGCCAAACUAACAGAUUUCAGAGUGACAGAUCUAUGAACGAAUUCUUCCACAGCAUGGCUGAAGUAUCAGAUAUUAAGCUUUCUCCGACACCAGACAGUGGCUGUUCAGCUGCACGUGUUCGACCCCUGAUCAGCUGUAAAAGACGACGCCUCAUCCAUCCCAGCAUGCUUCAGAACCUCAACAGCAAGGUACAGAGAGUAUGUUCCCCAACAAACCCAUGUGAUAUGAACAGUGCGUGUGCGAUGUGUGGGGGUAGUCAGCUCCACCCUAAAGCAGAGCUACAGCUUGAGCGCCCUCUGGUGGAGAAAGUGGCUCUGCUGGAUCCCAGUGUCCAUCCUACACUGUCCCUGCAGUCAGAUGCAUCUCUCAGUAUACAGCUCCAAAGAGUGCUGAAGUCUCACUGGCAGACCCGGCACCUAGAGAAAGUCAAGCCUCUGAAGAAGCUGCCGCUUAAACACAAGCUCUCGCACUACUCCUCCUCAUCUGCACUAUCCAAGCACAAGUUUAGGUUUUCCAGCUCACCCAUGGCUGCAAUCAGGUUCUCCAGCUAUAAGAGCCGAUCAGAGAGGGCACGAAAACAGGGUGAGGCUGGCACCCGCUUGAUGAAGAUUGACGCACGCACCCCCUGCAGGACGGGGCAGCUUCUGGACAGGAGCUUCAGCCGCAAGAGGGUCAGGGAGAACUCGCUGGACCAAACAGAGUCCCCAAAGCUGCAGCUGGAUGCAGGAACCCCUUAUCUGCCAUCUCAGCCAAGCAUCCAGCUAUCUACUCCGAGCGCCAUGAGCAGACAUGUGUUUCUACCCAGUGACAGCUCCACACCUCUGUGCCCCAGUAUUCAGACUGGCUCCUGUUCUGUGCCAAUUAGAAAGCGGAGGAGUGAAAACUCGUUUGACAUCAACAACAUAGUCAUCCCCAUGUCUGUGGCAGCCACUACAAGAGUGGAGAAGCUUCAGUACAAGGAGAUAAUCACACCGAGCUGGAGGGAGGUGGAUGUGUUUCCCCAGCCUUUUGCUGAAGAUGAUGAGAAUGUAGAGGUGGAGGACUUGUCUGAUGCUGCGUUCAUGCAGCUCCAUCAGAAGUGUGAGGACCAGGAGCGCAGUCGCUGGAGAUGGACCACUCUCACUCCAGCCAAGAGGAGAGGCAGCAGGUCAUACAAGUCUUUGGAUGGCAGGACAACGCCGUCUCUGAGUGGAACGAACCCGUCCACUCCACAGCCGUCGUCUCCAGAUGCAGGACACUUCCACCUGCUGCAGGAUUACGGGCCUGUUCCUUCACCCCUCAGCCCUCCCAGCCCUGAUACACCCUGCUCUCGUGAUGCACACACACCCUCAUCGAGGGACUCGUAUACACCUCACAUGAGAGAUGCACACCGGCCGGUGUACAGCGAGGACGCACGUUGUUCAACACCGGACUGCACCUAUGAGGAGAGAACAGUGCAGCCAUGGGAGCGCAGGAGCUUCCCCCUGUCUGAGGACCCAGUGCUGGAGCCCAAAGUGGACCCACGAUCUCAUCUGAGGUUCAGCUGCGAAGUCGAAUCAGAGAGCGAAACUUCUUCAGCCUAACUGUCUCCAGCACAAAGCCCCGCCCACACUGUGGGGCCCAUAAAACCACACCCCUUCUGGCAUUAACCGAAACAAAUAAGGAACUCCUAUUAAAACAAACCAGUAAAUAUAUUAAAGAACUUCUGUUGUUUGAUAUUCAAACAUCAGCCAUAUAUUUUCACAGUUUUUAGUGAAUAAUGAGCGUAGAAAUUUAAACCUGUCUCAUGAAACUUUUCUCACAGAAAAAUUUAUUUAAAAAAAAAAAAAAACACAACCCCAACCGUUAAUAUUCUGAUAGCUAAACCAUGUUCUUGGUGUGGUAUUCUAACCUGUCAGGUGAACACUUUGUAAUGCACUAUGUAGCAGAUGUCUUGAAGGGGAGGCUUGACCAAAGGGUGUUUCCCUGCUGACUAGUUUGUGUAUGCUUGUAACGUGGAGUGAUGACCAAAACCGGACGAAAUAGGUUUUCCCUCAUUAAUCUUGACUAAUAGACACAUUAAAUAUAUGAAGAAGCACAGCAUAGGAUGUCACUAUCUAUCGCACACAAUUUUCAUCACUGUUGCACACACUGCUCCUGUUCCACUCUGACAUGCUCUUGUACACUGAUCUGUCCCCAGUCUGAGCUGAUUUGUCUGGCAAGUCACCAAUUGUAUGUUAAAACCAUACAUACUUCCUCUAUAAAUGGAAGUCUUUGAUGCAUCAUGUAAAGCAUUUACAGCUGAGUUUUGUAACAAUACUUUCAGUCCAGGAUGUGAAAAGAUUAUUUAAGCAAAAUUUCAGUAUCAACUUGUGUUCACCUUUUUAUUUUGGUUAAAAUCAGUUGUGCAGAACAUUUCAUUUCUGGUAUCCAUUUACUCUCAGGUUUUAUAGUAGGUCAGGUGACUCGCUUGAACCGUGUCCUUUGUAUAACUGUUCCCUAUUCACAAUAAAUCAGGCCAAAAUUUCAACAAUGGUCCCCCCGCGCUUCUGUCACACAAAAGCAAUCACACUUCCCCUAGAGUAAAUACUGGCUAUGCAACUCAACAUUGUAUUGUAUCAUCUCCAUGUUCUUACUUUGUCAUUCAAUCACAAUGCUUCCUCCCCCCCUCCCCAGAUGGUCUCGUUUUUCUGUAGUUCUACAAGACAGGUUCCAGUGUAAGUUUAAGUUGUUUGAAAAGUUAAUCAUUUGGAAAAUAAAAAGCUUGUAAAUAGUACCAUUAAAAAAAAUCAAACCCCUCCAA